AUGGGCUGGAGUAUCCACGCAGCCGGCACUGAGGAUCCGCCCGAAGUGCGCAACUGGAGGAUCCAUCUCAUCGCUCUAGUGGCCUCCAUGUCGGCACUCGCAAUGGGCUACGACACUGCUGUCAUUGGCGGCACAAUGGCGCUCGACUCCUUCAUUCGCGACUUUGGCUGGGAAGACGUGUCGAAGAACACUCGCGACACGAUCCAAGCCAACAUCGUAUCGACAUUUCAAGCUGGCUGCUUCUUCGGGGCUCUGCUCACCUUUCCUAUCGCCGAGAAGAUCGGCCGGAAGAAGACCAUCGUGAUAGCCGGGCUAGUGUUCCUUCUCGGCGGCACAUUGAUGACUGCAGCGCAAGGCAGCCUAAACCUUCUUUACGGCGGUCGGGCGAUCGCAGGUCUUGGGAUCGGAGCUUCGUCUCUGACUGUCCCAGUAUACAUCGCCGAAGUUGCACCUCCUUCCAUUCGAGGCCGGCUUGUGGGCAUCUUCGAGAUUGCUUCACAGGGCGGGGGAAUGCUGGGCUUUUGGAUCAACUACGCAACGGACCAAACUAUCAAUGUCGAAAGACAAGCUCAGUGGAUUAUUCCCUUAGCAAUCCAACUCUUCCCGGGCGUGAUGCUCGUCUUGGGCAUGUCGUGGUGCCCUGAGUCGCCGCGGUGGCUCGCCAGAGGCGAUAACUUUGAGGGUGCUGAGAAGAUACUGACAAAUCUGCGCGGCCUACCAUCUUCGCAUCCAUACAUUCUGCGCGAGAUGGGCGAGAUUCGUGCGCAAGUCGAGGAACGAAGUACGAACCAUCUCAGCAAGUGGGCACAGUUCCAGAAGCUGUUUCAGAAAGGUACCCGAAAUCGCAUGGGCAUUGGCCUUGCACUGAUGUUUCUUCAAUCGUUUACAGGCGUCAACAUCAUCACCUACUAUGCUCCACGCAUUUUUGAGACUCUCGGCAUAUCUGGCACGUCUCUCAAGCUCUUCUCAACAGGCUUCUACGGUAUCGCGAAAACCCUCGGGAUGAUCACAUUCACCGUCAUCGUAGUCGAGAGAGUCGGACGACGCAAGGGCCUCAUAUGGGGCGCCGCGCUAGGCUGCAUUCCCAUGUGGUAUAUCGGCGGCUACGUGAUGCGAGCGGACCCAGCCGCCGCGGCCGCUAGGGGAGACGUAUCUCGCGACGGGUGGGGAUACCUCGCUAUGGUAUGCGUCUACGUGAACGCCUUCAUCAUCUGUGCGACCUGGCAAGGCAUUACAUGGACAUACGCAUCGGAGAUCUUUCCCUUGGAUAUCCGCAUGUUGUGCGUAUCGUUGACGACGGCCGACACGUGGCUAGGCUCCUUCAUCAUCGCGCGCAGCACACCAUACAUGAUCUCGGACCUGGGCUAUGGUGCCUACUUCUUCUUCGCCUCCAUCUUACUUCUGAUGGGUCUUUGGUCGUUUCUUUUCGUCCCAGAAACGAAAGGCAUAAUGCUGGAGGAGAUGGACGCGCUGUUCAUGAAGCCGAUGCACGAGGCCGUGUGGGCGCAGAUCAGGAAGCGACCAAUAAUAACAGAGGAGGAACAAGCAGCCAGGAGGAAGGACUAUGAUUCCAGUAAUACACAGGAGAAAGAUGUCGGUGUUGACCGGCUGGAGAGCGUGCCAAGCACAAAGGAAGGGCCGUAA